GCCGGCCCACUCUGCGACUUGGGAAGAAAAAACGUAAACAUUAAUUUUGCACCAGCUCUAGUCAUAAAAAGCAAUUAAAUAUGUGGGAGCCGCCACGACUGAGUGCAUCGCUGCGCACCAAGACGGAGCUGGAGGCCCGAAGCCGGCGCUUCAGCGUUCUGCGGCAGGCGAGAACCAACUCUACAGCGUCCACGACGACGAACAGCCAAAUCAAGGAGGAGCAAACCAUCGCGCGGCUUCUGGCCCAGAUGCCAACCGGAAAGCAGCCCGCCGCAAAGGUGCAGCUGCAGAAGCUGCGCAAUCUGGUGCAGGAGUGUAUGGGCUACGAGGAGCAGCCACAGGUGGUGGAGCACGCCGCGCUCUUUCUAUUCUGGCUGCUGCUGGAUCAGCGGGUGCUCCUGGUGGCCACCACCCAGCGGCUGCACGGCAUGUUCGGCCAGACCUUCGAUCGCAAAAAGACGCAGAUCCACGACUGCGUCCAGGCCAUCGGCGAUCUGCUUGAGGAUCACGACAGAUCCGCGCUCAAACGUUGGCGACAGACGCAGCACAAGACGCCCGGAGUUGGCCCGCUAUGGGGCGCUCAUAUCCAUGUCAAGUGCACGCCCUCCGAGUGGAUGGACAUCAGCCUGCUGACGGACCUGGCGCCGGAUGCGCUUCUCAAAAAUCGCACCGUUAACAAGUUCUCUAUGAAGUACAAAACGAAGUCCUCCCCGGUGGUGUCCCAGAGCUCGGAAGCCGCCAAGUUGAGUCCGGAACUGCAGACUCUGCUUGGAAUCUCCGAAAAGCUGGACGACGAGCAUCUAAUGGAGCGCGUGGGCGACAUUCUCGGUUCCAAGCGCAGCAGCGAGGAGUUGCAGAAUGAGCUAAUGGAACUUCUAGGAUUCGAUCACUUCGAAUUGGUGGGAAAACUGCUCCAGGAACGGGACAAGAUCGCCCGCCAAUUAGAUCAGUUUGCCACCCGAUCCCGCCGCGUCAAGGAGGUGAAACAGAAGCGCGUCCAGACGGCUGCCAGUGGAGGAGCCGCAGAGCGGCGUCCCACCGUGGCUAGCGCCGUCGUAGUUCAGUCUGCCCAGGAGAAGCAGCUCGGCAAAAUGCAGCGGCGGGAGGAGAAAAAACUGCAGCGCAUCAUGCGAAGCAUUAAGGACGAAGAGCCCGAGGAUGACCCGAAUUGUGCGGUUGCCGUUUCUGUUCAACAACUGCGUAUGCAGCACCAGCGAAAGCUCAUGGAAGCCGCGCAGCGCGAGCCUCUGUUGCUUAGCACAAAGGCGGCUAAGGCGGAGUACAAACAGUCCUCGUACAACCAGCCCAUCCAUUAUCCUUAUGUGUUCGACAGCCAGCUUCUGGCGAAACAGCACGCCGGCUUUAUAGGAGGCAGCAGAAUCACUCUGCCCGACAACGCCCAGCGUGUCGAUAACAAGCAGUGGGAGGAGGUAAAGAUCCCAGCGAGUGAGCCACCCCCACUCUCUGUUGGCAACAAACGGAUUAAAAUCGAAGAAUUGGACGACGUGGGCAGACUGGCCUUUGCCAACUGCAAGGAGCUGAAUCGCAUCCAGUCCGUGGUCUAUCCGGUUGCCUAUCACAGCAACGAAAAUAUGCUGGUGUGCGCGCCCACGGGAGCCGGAAAGACCAACGUGGCUAUGCUGUCUAUCGUGCACACCAUCCGUUGCCACCUGGAACAGGGAGUCAUCAACCGGGACGAGUUCAAGAUCGUCUACAUUGCCCCAAUGAAGGCGUUGGCCUCGGAAAUGGUUGAUAACUUCUCCAAGCGCCUGAAAUCACUGCAAAUCGUUGUACGCGAACUGACGGGUGACAUGCAGCUGACCAAGGCGGAAAUGGCUGCCACCCAGAUUCUAGUAACUACACCAGAGAAAUGGGAUGUGGUAACCCGGAAGGGCAGCGGCGACGUGGCUUUGAUAAGCCUGGUGAAGCUACUCAUCAUUGAUGAAGUGCAUCUUUUGCACGGUGAGCGAGGACCCGUUGUGGAGGCAUUGGUGGCUCGCACCCUCCGCCUUGUCGAGUCCUCGCAGUCAAUGAUUCGCAUCGUAGGCCUAUCCGCAACCCUUCCGAACUACAUCGAUGUGGCUCACUUCCUGCGUGUUAAUCCUAUGAAGGGUCUGUUUUAUUUCGACUCCCGCUUCCGACCUGUGCCUCUGGACACCAAUUUUGUGGGCAUUAAGUCGGUUAAGCCGCUGCAGCAGAUUGCUGAUAUGGACCAGUGCUGUUACCAAAAGUGCGUGGAGAUGGUGCAGGAAGGUCAUCAGAUAAUGGUCUUUGUCCAUGCCCGGAACGCCACUGUGCGAACGGCAAACGUGAUUCGCGAACUGGCCCAGCAGAACAAUACCAGUGCCCUGUUCCUGCCCAAGGAUUCUGCUGCUCACGGACUUGCAACGCGUUCGAUACAAAGGAGCCGAAACAAACAACUGGUGGAGCUGUUCUCCUGCGGCUUGGCCAUGCACCAUGCGGGAAUGCUACGCGCCGAUCGUCAGAUGGUUGAGAAGUACUUUGUCGAGGGCCACAUCUCGGUGCUCGUCUGCACGGCCACUCUUGCCUGGGGUGUCAAUCUGCCGGCUCACGCAGUCAUUAUCCGAGGAACAGAUAUAUACGAUGCCAAGCACGGUAGCUUUGUGGACCUGGGCAUUCUCGAUGUGCUGCAAAUCUUUGGCCGAGCCGGUCGGCCACAGUUCGACAAGAGUGGAGUGGGUACCAUCAUCACCAGCUAUGAUAAGCUGAAUCACUACCUGUCGCUGCUGACCAAUCAAUUCCCCAUCGAGUCCAACUUCGUGAAUUGUCUGGCCGACAAUCUUAAUGCGGAAAUUGGUCUUGGCACCAUUACCAAUGUGGAGGAAGCGAUCGAGUGGCUGAGUUACACGUACUUGUUUGUGCGAAUGAGAAUAAAUCCUCAUGUAUACGGUAUCGAGUAUUCUGAGCUUCAGAAGGAUCCCACGCUAGAAGCUCGCCGCCGAGCUCUCAUCAUGUCCGCAUCGAUGAGUCUGGACAAAGCUCGGAUGAUGCGGUUCAACCAGCGCACCAUGGACAUGAACAUCACUGACUUAGGUCGCACUGCAUCUCAUUUCUACAUAAAGUACGAUACAGUGGAAACUUUUAACGAGUUGAUGAAGCCAUUUAUGACCCAGGCUGAGAUUUUGGCCAUGAUUUCCCAGGCGCAGGAGUUUCAGCAACUUAAGGUACGCGAUGAUGAGAUGGAGGAAUUGGACGAACUGAGAAACGCCUAUUGUAAGAUAAAGGCACACGGCGGAAGUGAGAAUAUACACGGCAAGGUGAACAUUCUCAUUCAGACAUAUCUUUCCAAUGGGUAUGUGAAGUCCUUUUCACUGAGCUCCGACAUGUCAUAUAUUACCACGAAUAUAGGAAGGAUAACCAGAGCGCUGUUCUCCAUUGUAUUGCGGCAGAAUAAUGCGGUCCUGGCGGGACGUAUGCUGCAGCUUUGCAAGAUGUUUGAACGGCGCCAAUGGGAUGAUGAUUGCCACCUAAAACAAUUCCCAGCCAUUAACGCCGAGACCAUCGACAAACUAGAACGACGCGGUCUGAGUGUCUAUCGGCUGAGGGAUAUGGAGCACCGUGAGCUAAAAGAGUGGCUCCGCAGCAAUACCUAUGCAGAUCUGGUUAUCCGGUCGGCGCAAGAACUACCCUUGUUGGAAGCGGAAGCCAGUCUGCAGCCUAUAACUCGAACGGUGCUCCGUAUCAAGGUGGACAUUUGGCCCAGCUUCACAUGGAACGACCGAGUUCAUGGGAAGACGAGCCAAAGCUUCUGGCUGUGGAUUGAAGAUCCAGAGUCAAACUACAUUUACCACUCGGAGCUGUUUCAAGUCACCCGGAAGUUGGUGAUGAGCGGCCAGUCGCAGCAGCUGGUAAUGACCAUUCCUCUAAAGGAGCCACUGCCACCACAAUACUACAUAAGAGUAAGCAGCGAUAGCUGGCUUGGAAGUACUACAUGCAUUCCAUUAUCAUUUCAACAUCUGGUGCUGCCGGAACACCACCCGCCACUCACGGAGCUUCUGCCCCUCCGCCCACUCCCUGUCAGCUGCCUUAAGAACGUUCUUUACGAAUCCCUCUACAAAUUCACGCACUUCAAUCCAAUCCAGACGCAGAUCUUUCACUGCCUGUACCACACCGACAACAAUGUGUUGUUAGGCGCUCCCACCGGCAGUGGUAAGACCAUUGUGGCGGAGAUCGCCAUCUUCAGGGCCCUGAACCAGAACCCCAAGUGCAAAGUGGUUUAUAUCGCUCCACUUAAAGCGUUGGUCAAGGAGCGCAUAGCGGAUUGGGAGCAACGCUUCCAGCGCUCCUCUCUGGGUCUCAAGGUUGUUGAGUUAACUGGCGACGUCACUCCCGACAUCCAGGCCAUUCGAGAGUCCCAACUAAUCGUAACCACGCCGGAGAAGUGGGACGGCAUCAGUCGCUCUUGGCAGACCCGCGAGUACGUGCAGCACGUGUCCCUAAUCGUCAUCGAUGAGAUCCACCUGCUGGGAGAGGAUCGAGGACCCGUCAUCGAGGUGAUUGUUUCGCGUACAAACUUUAUCAGUUCCCAUACCGGUCGGCCGAUUCGAAUCGUGGGAUUGUCCACAGCAUUGGCCAACGCUCAAGAUCUGGCCAACUGGCUGGGAAUCAAAAAGAUGGGGCUGUACAACUUCAAGCCCUCGGUGCGGCCAGUGCCUCUCCAGGUGCACAUCAAUGGCUUCCCAGGAAAGCACUACUGUCCUCGCAUGGCAACAAUGAACCGGCCCACGUUCCAGGCCAUUCGCACCUACUCCCCGUGUGAGCCCACCAUCGUCUUUGUCUCCUCGCGUCGGCAGACCCGUCUCACGGCUCUGGACCUGAUUACCUUCGUGGCCGGCGACUCCAAUCCCAAGCAGUUCCUGCACAUCGCCGAGAACGAAAUGGAGCUGAUCCUGCAGAAUAUUCGUGACCAGAACCUUAAAUUCUGCCUAGCUUUCGGCAUUGGACUACAUCACGCCGGCUUGCAGGAACAGGAUCGAAAGUGUGUUGAGGAGCUGUUCCUCAAUAGGAAGAUCCAGGUCCUGGUGGCCACAGCCACACUGGCAUGGGGUGUUAACCUGCCAGCUCAUCUGGUGGUGAUCAAAGGUACAGAAUACUUUGACGGGAAGGUGAAGAAGUACGUGGACAUGCCCAUUACCGAUGUGCUACAAAUGAUGGGGCGAGCCGGGCGGCCGCAGUUCGACAAUGAAGGCGUGGCCGUCGUUCUGGUGCACGAUGAAAAGAAGAAUUUCUACAAGAAAUUCUUGUACGAUCCAUUCCCCGUAGAGUCCAGUCUGCUUGGAGUGCUGCCGGAGCACAUAAACGCUGAAAUCGUUGCCGGAACUGUUCAGUCAAAGCAGGCCGCUUUGGACUAUUUGACGUGGACUUACUUCUUCAGGCGACUACUCCGAAACCCGUCGUACUACCAGCUGCAGGGCAUAGAACCGGAGAAUGUUAAUGCCUUCAUGUCCAACCUGGUUGAGCGCGUGGUCUAUGAACUUUCUGCCGCUGCCUGUCUGGUGGAGCGUGACGGAUGUCUGGUGCCAACCUUCUUGGGCCGAAUCAGUUCCUAUUACUACCUGUCGUACCGCACAAUGAAGCAUUUUCUGGAGGAUCUGCAGCCGGGCAUGAGCACCAAGGAAGUUCUUCUCGCCAUCGCCGAUUCCUACGAAUUCGAUCAGCAACCUGUCCGGCACAACGAGGAUAAGUACAAUGAGCAGAUGGCUGAAACGAGUCGCUUUAGACCCCCGUCGUCGUCCUGGGACUCUCCGUAUACCAAAACGUUCCUGCUACUCCAGGCCCACUUUACGCGGCAGUCUCUUCCGAACUCGGAUUACCUAACAGACACCAAGUCGGCUUUGGACAAUGCCACUCGAGUGAUGCAAGCCAUGGUGGACUAUACAGCGGAGCGGGGUUGGCUGUCAACCACUCUGAUUGUGCAGCAACUAAUGCAGAGCGUCAUUCAAGCCCGCUGGUUCGACGGCAGUGAGUUCCUAACGCUGCCGGGAGUGAACGAGGACAAUCUCGAUGCCUUCCUGAACAUACCACACGGUGAGCAUGACUAUUUGACGCUGCCCGUGCUGAAGGAGCUGUGCAAACAAGAGUACGAAGUACUGGCGAAGCCUCUGCGAGAUGCCUUCGAGGAGCACGAGAUCGAACAGAUGUAUAAGGUAAUCCAAGAUAUGCCCGAGAUAGCACUUCAAAUAUCCGUAGAGGGUCGGCACAUGGAGAACGAGUAUGCCAAGCGAUCGCUCUCGCUUUCUGAUGACACGAGGGGCGAAUGGUUACCCCUACAUGCCAAUGAGGACUACGUUCUCGUAGUAAACUUACAGCGCCUUAAUGUCAGUGGACAGAGAAGAAGUGGUGGACAAAGCUACACGGUGCACUGCCCCAAAUAUCCAAAGCCCAAGAACGAAGCUUGGUUCCUGACCUUGGGCUCCCAGGCCAAUGACGAGCUCCUGGCCAUGAAGCGGAUUUCCAUUCGUGGACAGCGUUGCUCCAACCGCAUUUCGUUCCAGGCAACGCCCCGACGCGGACGUCUACAGCUCACCCUUUAUUUAAUGUCCGACUGCCUCAUUGGCUUUGACCAGCAGUACGACCUGCGAUUCGAGAUCAUCGAAGCAAAAGAAGUCUAGAGGCUCUCUUUAAAGAUUAAAUCUAACGUUAACCGUAGCAUUCUGUAGAGUUGAGGCUUAACUUUUAGUUAAUGGAGUUCAUAUGGUCUAUGAACGUUUUCCACAAUCACUGUUAUCACCUAGAGCUUGUAGUAAAACUGAACUUGCGUAUUUAUUGUGUGAUCCUCCAAGACAUGUAUAACAUUUGUAUCAUUAGUAACUGCUUCGAGACGAAGCUCCUUUGUUAACCGACCAUGUAGAGCCUACAUGCAUGAAUCACUUUCUAUGAAUU